AUGAAGGUUCAUAAAGUCAACUCCACAACGGUCACUGAGUUUCUUAUACUGGGAUUCCCGGCUCUGAAUGAUUACAAGUUGUUUUUCUUCUCAGUUUUUCUCCUUAUGUAUUGUAUGACUAUAUGUGAGAACUUCUUGAUUAUAUUACUGGUAUCUUCAAGCCAACGUCUCCGUUCUCCGAUGUAUUUCUUCCUUGGACACUUGGCACUGUCAGACAUCGUCCUUGUGACAAUUAUUGUUCCUAAGAUGCUGGAUAUCAUCGUAAAAGAAGGGAACACGAUGCCUUUUGUUGGGUGUUUCACUCAAUCUUAUAUAUAUGGCGGGGUGGUCGGUGCUCAGUGUUUUUUGCUUACAGCCAUGUCCUUUGACCGCUACUUGGCCAUCUGUAGACCUCUUCAUUAUAUUUCAAUCAUGAGUGUUAAGCUUAGAUACAUCCUGGUCAUCUUAUCCUGGGGGCUCAGCUUUACGUUAAUUUCCAUCACACUUGUACUUGUAUGUGGUUUAGAUUUUUGUGGGCCAAACGUUAUUAACCAUUUCUUUUGUGACUUGGCUCCUGUCUUAGAACUUUCUUGCUCAGACACAAGCGGUAUGGCUAUUGAAAUGAUUGUCCUCUCUAUUCCUAUAGUUCUGUUACCUUUCUUACUUGUAAUUAUAUCAUAUGUCUGUAUUUUUGUCACCAUCUUCAGAAUUUCCUCCACCUCAAGCCGGCAAAAAACCUUCUCCACUUGUAGCUCUCACUUGGGGGUUGUUUCUACCUAUUAUGGUUCCAUGCUCAUCAUCUACAUGGUCCCUUACAGAGGACAUUCUGUGCCUGUUAACAAGUUUAUAUCUCUUCUUUACAUUAUCCUGACCCCCCUUCUAAACCCUGUUAUAUACAGUCUAAAAAACCAAGAGAUUCAGUCUUCUAUGAUUAUUUAUUGGAUAGCGUGCCAUAAAAAAAGAGCCUCUUAG